AUGUUUUAUAUAUUUGAAUGUGUACUUAAGCAUAACGGUCAUUCUCUGGAUCAUAUAGAAGAUAUCAAAUCGAGUAUUAUUACCAAUCAAAACAACAACAACAAUAACAACAACAACAAUAUUAGUAAUAAUAAUAACAUCGUCAUAAAUGGCGAAACUAAUAUUAAUGGAAGUGAUAGUAAUAAUAAUAAUAAUAUUAAAUAUAAUAUUCAAUCAAGUUUACAAAAGACGUUUGAUGUUACAAAGGCAAAGGUGGUUGCAUAUAGACAACUCCAACAAACAGAACUUGAGAUUUCAAGUAAAUUCGCAGAGAUACACGAUCUUCUUGUUGUCGAGGAACACAAACUAAAGAAACCGAUCGUCAAUGACAAAGACCAAUUAGAGCAACAGAUUGACAAUCAUGUCAACGAGAUGAAAUCACUCAACCAUCUAAAUUAUAUUAAUAAUCAAUUUUCAUUAUUGAAUAAUAAUAAUAAUAAUAAGAACAAAAAAGAUAACAAUAAUGAUGAUAACAGUUCAACAUCUUUGACAACAACAACCACCACAACCACUACAUCCUCCGAUACAACUGACAAAUAUCAAUUAUCAAAUAUUAUCAAUUCAAUUUCGCAAUCAAUCGAUUCAAAUGAUUUCAUUCAACAAAAUAUAUAUACCUUAUUUAGUAAGAAUAAUAUCGAUAGCAUCGUCAGCAUCAAAGAUAUCGAUAUCUAUACACUUUUAAAUUUGUAUAUUAAACACAAUGCUGAGUACAAACACCAACCGAUUCCAAGUGAAUUAAAGUUGAUUACCAAUGAAAAGAUACAGUCUUUUAAAUUGGAGAAUGUAAAUCAACAACACACUACACCUGCUGUCCAACAACAGAGUCAACUUCAAUCCUAUAUAUUCUCGACGGAUAAGGAAAGACGUGCAGCAAUCAUAACCAUUCCAAAUAAAGUGGAUAAUAACGAUGAGUAUAGAGUCGACUACUUGGAUAUCUUGUUUGAUAGCAGGUGGGCAUACAAUUCCGUUGUAGUCGUGGGCGAUUACAUCUAUCGAUUCGGUGGUAGCGAUAUCCCCAAUAACACCUACCAGCUCUACUCUAUCAAGAAUCGACUGCUUAAGCUAUUUGGUAACCAAAUGUACUCUGUGAUUCCACUACACAAUAGAAUCGUAAGAAUUGAUCCGGAAACAAAAGCAGUCGUUGAUCUACCGAUUGACUUUGCAAAUAAGGUUGUACUAUCAUCGCCGGCUAUGUGUACAGAUGGUGUCGGUAACAUCUACAUUCUCUCGGCCAAAGGAUUCAUCAGAAUCAAUGUGAUUACUCAUGAGAUCGAAGAUUUACAAGCCACCAACUAUAAAUCGUUGGAAUUCCAGUUGGUUUACUACCAAGCCAACAAAGAUGAGAGUUACAUCUACUAUCUCCAGGGCAAAGAUUUCAACUAUGUCUAUUCGGUAGAAAAGAAUAUUUGGCAAACCAUCAUGAAAAACGAUCAAUCAAACCGUGCAUUCUGUGCAUCUGUACUAUUUCAAAUAUCAAAUCAAUAA